CCCGUCUCGGCUCGAGCCCCCCCUCCGCCCGGCGCUGCGCGCGAGAGCGGAGCUUGGCUGGCGCGCCGCGGGGCGCCCCCAAUGGGGGCGAGCGCGGAGGAGCAGCUGGAGGGCCAGGGGAAGCUGCGGCAUUUGUCGGGCGCGAGCUACCUGGAGCUCGCCAAGGAGAGCGUUUGGAAGCCCACGGUGGAACUCUUCGUUGGCAACGUGGACGGCAGCACGUCUUCUUCGUGGCGGCCAUUGCCCUUUGCUUACCUCUUCUUCUCCCACUCCCUCUCCUUCUCCGUCUCUUUCUGUUUCUCCUUCUCUCUCUCUUCCCUCCUCCUCCUCCUCCUCCUCCUCCGCCUCCUCCUCCUCCUCUCCCCCCUCCUCCUCGCGAGUUCUGCUGCCGCGAGCGGCAUUGUCAGGGGGCCCUCUGACCACAGCGAGGGGGACACGGCAUGA